UCAUUCAGAUACACCCUGUAUAACUCAAAAUCAGAUGUUCUUCAUUCCAUAUCAUGUUAAUAAAUAAGAAUCAGUAGUUUUCACAGCAUUUUAUAUCACCGUAUACGCUCGAAUCUAAGACGCACCCCAUUUUCAUGAAUGAUUAUAAUAAUAUUACAAUAAAUAUAAUGCGGCUUAAAUUCGAAUAAUAUAUAAUACAUCAAAUUGUACCAAAAUUUUCCCUCUCAACCCAACCCAUAGGUGCCGAGUGAGUUCAUUCAGGUUUAGAGUGAGAUUAACUCGUUCUCCGGUUCCGUACGCCGCGUCUGAGUUGCAUCCACGCAGACAACGUUUAUGAUAGUCUGAUUUGGUGUCGAUGUUAUUGAUUUUUUGUUUCUAAACUAGCCGUUAAGCACGACUGCGACGCCAUUCUGCUUGUUAACCGUUCCAUUGUAGACUAGUCGAUACCCUUGUCCUAGGUCUAUUUACAAAUAGAAAUUCGUUUUCUAAUAGUAAUUUGUCGAAUUGUAUAAUUAGUAAUUGCAUUGUUUUUAUCUUCAGAUAAAAGUAUUAGUUAUUAUCCGGCCACUGUUAAUUCUAUAAGCAAGACGGCUUCCGCUGCUACUAAUGACCGUACAGAAGAUAUCGAUGAUAUGGAAAACAUUAUGAUUUUAUGUACAUCUGAACCGGAACUGCUAGAAUGGGAGACUAUUAGUGUUAAAGCUAUACAAGGAGAUUUAUUAAAUAAACUCGUUCCGGCUGGUUAUGAGCAAGAAGUUCCAAGAUAUAUAGGGAAAGCUUUUUAUGACAACGAGUGGAUUAUCUCGUCAGUGUACCAGCACGGCGAUAGACGAGCUGGCUUAAAUCAUUACGGGAAGGACAAUCAUAAAAUAAUUGAAAAUAAGUUCCAAAUACUAAAGUGGAAAUCUAAAUUAAAGAAAACAACUGGUGGUGGAGUACCAAAUCAAAAUUGGCAUAACCACUUCAAUAUUAGAAAAAACCUAUGCACACCUUCCAAACCAAAUUCAAUUUCACUAAUAGAUGUAACUGCUAUUGAGCUCAAAUCCGAGCUUUCAAGUAUAGAGCUUAAUUUACCAGGGAUACAAAUGGAUGAAUAUGUUGAAUGGUUCAUAGCUGUGAUAGUUACAAAGCUUUCAACCCAAUCUCAACUGCAGUUGGACCUAUUUUCAUUAUCCGAUGAAAAGCUUUUGAAAGCAGUUCAAGUACCUCAAAAUCACCUCAGUUGGGUUGCAUGGAAAAAUAUCAUAUCAAAACACAAACCAAUUACUGUACAUAUAGGAGAUGAUACUGGAAGUAAUAGAUUACUUCUUGAGGACACUAAGUAUAAUAUAACACUUUAUAUUAAAAAUAUUUAUAAUAAUAACUCAGAAGGUUGUAUUUGGUCGAAAGAAAAGGUAACGUUAAAUAGGCAGCUAUGUUUACCAUGCGAGUCAUAAAGUGCUUAAGUAAUAAUUUACCAGUUGAUAAAAGUUUACCUUGUAAUUAUUAUUGAUACGAAGUUCUCGUUAACAAAUAUCAGAAAUGUUAAUGUAAUGUGUUUAAAUAUAUUCAAAAACUAAUCAUAUUUAUAGUCUCAUUUUCUACUAAACUUAUAAUCGUGCGCACCUGAUUUCAUACAUGAGAACUUUUGAAGACGGUUCUAACGAUCUUUUAGGAGAAAAUUUCAUAAAACUAUUACCUACAAAUAAUAAUUACAAGGAGUGUUACACUAAACUUAGUCUUAAAUAUUGAUAAUGGGGCAUGCUGGCUCAGCGUGUUAGCUCUCAAGUUAACAUGCAGACGUCCAGAGUUCUCAAAUCACGUUGCGAAAGCACGUUCAGUCGCCCCCCGUCCUUCGGAGGGUACGUUAAGCCGUCGGUCUCGGUAACCAAUCGUCAAUCUCUGGUUGUCGUUAGCACGCAUGUGUUGGAGGCUCGACUUUAUAGGGAAGAAGAAUGCGCGUGAGCGAGUACAUAGUUUGUCAUGACGAGCUGAGUCUAGAUGUAUGUGGCAAACUAUUGGCACUAUUUUUUUGAAAAUUUACAUAUAGCGUUUAUCCGAGGUGCUCGUUUCAGCUAAAAUAUAUUCAGUUUUCUCCAACUCUCCGGUUAUACCGGAUGGACCCCAACUUCGUUAUUUUAAAUGGAAUGUACCAAUUGUUAUUGAAUUUUCGAGAUAUGUUUAGAGACGCAACCUUUCAUAAUAAAAAUUAUUUUUCGAAAUUACACUCUAGUCCGGCCAACUCUAAGGAGCGGCUCUUACUAUGUUGUAUGGACGUGCUAAAGGCUUAUGCGGCAAGCAGAACCUUAUUACGCCGGCUUGGAUUUAGGGAGCAAAGUUAAAUGAAAUUAAAC